AUGGCCACCAAAGAUGCAUUGACCGAUAAUAUAUCAACAGAGGGCGAUGCGGAAUCUCUAGUUAUUAACGCUGUUCCAGCUUAUCUUCUUUUUGCAUUCGGUGUUGGUGGAAAUAUUAUUGCCCUGGUGGUAUUACUAGUGACUGCCAAAACUCAUAACUGGCGGCCAUUUUAUAGGUACGUCUGUGGACUUGCGAUCACGGAUGGAGGUGGACUACUUAUAUCGGUUCCCGUAUCUCUCUCUAUGUACGCCUCAGAAUUACAGAGAGAAUUAUCUCCAGUUUUGUGUAACUUUCAGAUGUUUUGGUAUAUGUUUACUCUGAUGUCGUCUGCCAUGAUCGUUUGCGGCAUGUCUUUUGAUAGAUUUUUCGCCAUAUUUUAUCCUUUUUACUACAACAAACCCCAUAAAGAAAUUCGUACGAACAUAGUAGUAUUAGUCAUCUGGGUACUUUCGGCACUCAUCAGCAGUUUACCAUUUUUUGGACUUGGUUCCAGUCGUAAGUUUUACCCCGGUACAUGGUGUUUUCUAAAUUUCAUUGAAACGACCACAGAGGUCAACAGAAUAAACUCCAUCAUUUAUGCAUCCAUUGGAGUAGUCAUUGUUCUUGCAACAUGGAUCUUCAAUAUCGCAGUAAUUGUCUAUUUUGUGUACAAGAGAUAUAAAAGAGAGUCCACGUGGAGCGGAUGGAAGGAUGCGCAUGUCAUAAUUUUUCUGAUGACAGUGGUCGUACUCUUUACUUCCUGUUGGUUCCCGUUAAUGGUAAAUAUUCUCGGACAUGCCACGUUUGCACUUCUGGAAACAGCUGGAAAAUCUGAGCUUCUAUUCACGAGACUGAGCAUCACUAACUCGGUUGUGGACCCGUGGCUGUACAUCAUCUUCAGGAGGGAGAUCUAUUCCGCCCUUCUAUCAGGCGUCAAACGUUUAUGUCCUACCGAAAAAGAAUCUCAAACGGACUCCGCUCCAAAUCAGCCACAGUCUCUGAGCACUGGAAAUAAAACAGAGAAUGUCUCCAUUGAAACCAAUUAAUGGUGUAGUGCAUUCAGUAUCGUCAGUUUUACAACAAUAUUUGUACGUGUACAUUUAAUUGUAUUAGAAUUUUGCUUACACUUAAGAUAUAUUGGAAGAUUAAUUGACACCAUUGUAAAAAAUAAUAAACACGUUGGGGGUAAGAUACGAUGAAUAGGCGGAUAAGAAUAUUUCAUGUAAAUAUUGCCUCUCGAAUUCCAUAACAUAAAUAUUCAUGUAAAAUAAACUUCACCAAAGAAAAUGUAAGUUUUCCCUUUUUUUUAGUAUUGUAGAUCACAAUUUCUUCAUUUUCCAUAUUUGUAUUAUAAGUGUUUUUAAUUGUUGUUUAUUGUGAAAAUUGUGGAAUGCAUACUUCAUUUAUUUC